AUGUUCUCGACCUUCUUCCAACCUUGUGAGCUCAAGCUGCACCUGCUCCAGAAUGCCAUUUUCUUGCACCCACCCGAUCGUCCUCUACCAGAGUCACACGAGAGGCCUCCGAUGGCUAACGACGAAAUCGUCCGUGGCCUGGUAGAAGUCUAUGUUCCUUCCACUCGACACAUUUCGGGAAUUCGAGUUCGACUUAAGGCCGUUCAGACGAUUGCCAUCUUGGAUCCAUCUGCCGGUCUCACUCCGAUCAGCUGGGAAGAUUCCACCGUGCUCGAAAAGGUCGUCGAGAUUGGCAUCCAGAGCGACAAGGAAAAGCACCUCGCCAACCAUCACCAUUCACGCCUCUCGUUCAAUCACAGAUCUGCAUCGGCAGGCCCAGCUCUCCACCUCCCUUCUUCAUCCCACCUGCCGCCACGCGGCAGAAGCUCAGCGACGCAAGAUCGAUCCGGCCGAUCCGGCUCUGCUUUUGGUCUGCGGUCUCAAAGUCCCGGAGGAAGCAUCCCUGCAUCAAUGGCACGCGCUGUUUCCAGGGGUCGCAAGAUUGCUUCAGGCAUGGGCAGAAUCAGUCACAGCCCUUCGCCAUCAAACAGUCGAUCGGCCAGUCGCGCGUCGUCACCAAGCGCUCCCAUCUCGUCCGAGCGUGGUCGUACUUCUACACGCGCUCCGCCUACCUAUGCUUACGCCAUCUCAGAAGCUUGUCAGAACGAAUCAGCAUUAAUACAUGAGCAGCAGGUUGUCAGCCAUAGUCUGCCACCAAGUCAAGUUGCUACGCCUCAACGAUCGCGACGGCCCAGCUUCUCGUCUCAAACUCCACCCGAACAACGUGCACAACCACCGCCACCGUCGGAACAGACCGAUGAACUGGCUGCGCACCUUCGCAGGUCGCUAGCCGUCCAUGCUACUGCGACUGAGCGCAGAAGUGCGAGCGCUACGCCAGUGGAGCAAGCUUGCUCUCGCACAUCCAGGUUGCAGCCACAAUCGCCUGCCGAAGAAGACAAAGGCAAGGGUAAAUCGAGGAGCUCGUCGAUUGGCUUCUUUGGUUCGCGCAAGACGCGCAGUAAGUCACGCGCGCCACUGUCGCGCGGUGUCUCUGGUCAGUCAAGCGACCUUGUGCAAGUGGAUGAGGAGGGCGAAAGAGGACGCCGAGGUGCAAACGAUCGUCCGCCGCUCGAAUCAUCCGACUCCUCAGGUGGAAUCGUUGUCACGCCAGGCUCAGAGGGUGAAGCAGGAUGGGAAACCGAGCCGAAUCAAGAUGGGCUAGAACUGCAAAAAGGGGUACACGGCUUCGAAUUUGCAUUUAUCAUCCCUUGCGAUGCUCCUCCCUACGAACGGUCUCCCUUUGGACGGGUUCGAUACAUCAUCAAAGCGACUGCCAUAGGCGCGGGCCGUGCCAAAUCCAAUGUAGAGUGCUGGCGCGAUCUCUAUCCCAUGGUCAAUCCUUCAACCGAUAGCGGUCCCACACCUUUGACUGUGCUUUACAACGAUCUUCAUCCCACCGUUGGCCUCGUCUCGAUCGCAUGCACGUCCAACAAUAUCUCUGUCGGUGGUGUGUUCAAUAUUGACGUCAACUCGCCCAACCCACCCGAAGAUCUUAUCGUCUACAUGGUCCGCAUCUCGCUCGAAACUACGAUCGAACUCACCACCAAACGAAAAGGCAAGCAGACCGUGCCUGUGCAGCGUCACAAGCUGUUCGAAAAGGGCUGGGUGCCGCCCAAAAAUAACGACGGAACUCACGGGGACGGUAAACGCACCGAUGGCUUUGUUCGCAAUUGCGGGACAGAGGACGCUUGGACCGUACAGAGCAUUGCACGCAUGCCGGAUGACAACCACAUUCGUGCGUCGACAGUGGCAGCUUCUAAAGCGAGCAUCCGAUUUAGCCAUGUCAUGGUGGUUGAGAUUGUGCACAGUCGGAAACCGGUGGGAAGCAAGGCCAAGACGGCGGAAGAAGAAGCCAAGGAACGCAGGUUGAAAGUGUUUGCUUUGCGACAGCCCGUGUUGGUGCCAUCGUGUUGUUGUGCGUACGACGCCGUGACGUUGCCGGCAUACAGUGCGGCUCCAGAUCCGUCGUCUAGGAGGGCGGAGAUGCCGUACGAUUUGUCGAGUUUCAGUCAUCAUCCGCCGAACAGCGACGGUUCGGCUUCAGCAACGCCUACUGCGAACGGCAGCACUUCGGCAGCGCCACAGAGUGGAUAUUCAACCGCGGGACCGAACACUGCUAACACAUCGACGGCGGUCAAAGGACAUUCACAGCUGUUCUGCGUGUGCGGAAUGUCGUUACAGGAUCUAUCUGCGCAGGAAAGGGCGUUGAUUCCGAGUGCUCCACUGGACGUUAUGGGAGGAGAGCACUUCCGGCACCAAGGAAAGAUUGGCGAGCUCCCGACGCGAUUGGACAGCACGCGUCGUCGAAGUCCUAGCACAUCGUCGAGUGGUGGGAUCGUCGCUUCGCUCGGAGGUAGGAGGCGAUCCACCAGCAGCACGCGUACGGCGGCAGCUUCGGUAUUGGCGCCCAACGCUGGUACCUCGGCGCGAGUGCGCGACAGGAGCCCCUCGAUUACGGCGAGUAUCAAGGGUCGCUCUCCCAGCAUCGCCUCGGCGCUGCGUGCCAGGAGGUCGAGCAGCUCCAGCACGGGGUAUAGAGGCGGCGCCGCGUUCAAUAGCGCAGAAAGCGUUAGUAGGGGCAGCGCCAUUAGUCGCAUCAGCGCGACCAGCACAGGGUCCGCGUUCAGAACUCACAGUCCGGCUUCGGGCAGGUCCGCGUCCAGGUCCGCGAGCGCGCGUGCCGGAGAAAGCUCGACAGAUAGCAGCGCCAGUCGAACUUGA